AUGGGAAAGCUGCCAUCAAGACUUUUUGAAAUUUGGAAGGCUAAAAAUUUUGAGAAUGUGCAUUCAGUAACAUAUAUUUUUGAAGAAUCAAGCUUCCAAAUUGUUAGAGGUAUAGAGGAAAACUAUUUGCGUUUGGCUUAUGCUUACUCUAUGAUGAUGAAAAACAAAGGCAAGGAUUUGUUCUAUGAGAAGGUCCAAGAAUUGUUCAUAGCCAUUGAUUUCUCAAGUAACAUAUUUGUCGGUGAGAUUCCGGAAUCUGUUGGAAAUUUAAAAGGAGCUCAGUUGCUCAAUCUUUCUAAUAAUGCUCUUACCGGUCACAUCCCAUCGUCUUUAAAAAACCUUGUUGAGAUGGGGUCAUUGGACCUUUCUCAGAACAAAUUUUCAGGGGAUAUUCCACAACAAUUAACACAACUUACUUUCUUAGGAUUCUUCAAUGUUUUUCAUAAUAAUCUUACUGGACCUAUACUACAAGGGAAACAAUUUGAUACAUUUGAAAACAGCUCCUUUGAGGGGAAUCCAAGAUUGUGUGGGAAACCAUUGACAAGAAAAUGUGGGAAUUCUAAUGAGCCGCCUUGUCAACCUUCAAUCUUUCAAGAAAGUCAAGACUUUGAAUCACCAUUUGAAUUUGGAUGA